GUGAGUUCCAUUGGUACGGUAUUUGCAUUCCUUUGAGAAACGAAAAUAAACAUUCCGAGUGAACCGCAAAUUCAUAAUUCUUGAACCUUGAAGUAUUACCAGGACCUUUUUGUAAUAGGUUUACAGUAUAAGGAUUGUUUGUAAAUUAUUUUAUCCAAAGUGGGACUGAUUGGGUAAACAUAAUUUCAAAGGAGGGGUUAAUAUUGACAAUUGGAAUCAAAGAUUUGGGGUUUGGACUGAAUUUGCAAAGUAUUUGUAAAAAGGGUUAAGUUUUGAUAGUUUAAAUAAUGGGUUUGGUUUCUGUUUGACUGUUGACCGGGUCAAACCCGGUACCCGUUUUCAUUUCGGGUUGAUGCUCCAUACCCGUAUACUGAUCCAUCAAUAGGAGAUUAGGGUCCUUAAACCCGUUCCAUUUAUUUCGAUCGGGUAAUAAGAUCAAAAAGGGGAUACCAGGUUCAAUUCACAGACACCAUGAAGAACACCUAUGAAUCGGGAGGAAGACGAAGGAAAAUCGAACACCGAUGAAUCGGGAGGAAGACGAAGGACAUCGAACACCGAUGAAUCGGGAGGAAGACGAAGGACAUCGAUCGUGGGUGGGUCGGAGAGGCUACUCCGGGGUUCAUCUGAUUCAAAGAAAUAAUGAGGCGACGAUGGUGGUUCUUGGCCCGGUGAUGGUAAAUCCAUCAGGGGAGCAUCGUCGGUGGUCGACGAGACCAAAGAGGAGGGAUGGAGAAGCAGCGAUGGUUUGUCGGUCGGCUUCACAAACCGUUAUGGUCUCCUGGGUUCGAUAAGCCGAAGCAAAGAAAGGGAAUGGAGCAGCAGCGAGGGUCGAUGUGGUACGAACAGAUGAGGGCAUGAAGAAGCAGCGAUUGAGGAAGGAGGUUCCUUCGGUGCUUGGCUGGACUGAUAAGGAAAAAGAAAUGGAAGCAUCGGGGUGAGGCUGUUGGUCGACGUUCAACAGGUGAGUAGAUGGGGUUAUAUGCUCAGCAAAGAGAAGGAAGAACAAUGGUGAAAAGAGAAGGAAGAAUGAACUGGAAAAUGUGGUUCUUGUUGCAGAUAACACGAGAUCAAGAACAAAAUCGAUCUUGGCUGGGAACAAAGAUGCAAGCAGAUACAAAGGAUCGAUCAAAUUUUCACUGGGAAGAACGGGAAUUCGAUGGGGAGGUAAAAGUGUUUGGGAUUCUUUGA